AUGGAACGGUUCCACUUGCGAACGAAUUCGGGUUCUUUGGCCCUGCUGGUGCUAGCUUUAGUUGCCAGUUCGGUGACCUGUUUCGAUACCCUCGGCGAUGAAGUCAUCCGGCUGGCUGGUCUCGGCGAAGAGGAUUUGGCCGAGUGGCCGGCCCAGCUUCAUGAACCCGUUGCCACCGCCGAUGUGAACCCUUUCCUCUGGAUGCUACAUCAUUUAGAAGAGCCUGACCGUUUCAAUGCCCAUCGCCAUUCCAGAGUGCCGGAAGCGGUCGGAGUAUUUGGCGGAUCGGAUCGGGAAACCGCUACGAUCGGGGCGCAGGAUCGUGAGUCAUUGGAAACGGAUGCUGAAACGUUCGUCGAUGAGUUGGGCCAGAAUCCGGACGAUAGACAACCACCACCAUCGCCUGUGCAUCGUCCCGGGUUAACUCCUCCGUAUCGUCCACCGGCCAAGGGGCAACACCCCGAUGUAGAAGCGCUAGAUGAUGGUCACCGGCCACCGUUCGAUUCGAGCUCGUUGUUCCAACAUCACUUCAACACUUUCUUCAAUACGCCGCUCGAGUCGGGUUUCUUCGGAUCGGCCGGUCUGCCCAGCUUUGGAUUCUUCGAUACUCAUGCCAACCGACCGUGGUGGAAAGGAGAAAAUGUUUGUACUGAACGCGAAGAAAAGGAGGAAGAUAUCACUUCACCCGACAACGAGGAAGUUUCGGUUAACGGCGGUACCAGUGGUGGUGGCAGCAGCAACGGUGGCUUUAGUUUUCAUGGUUUCAGCACGUUCAACCUGAACGUACAGUCGUGUGCUGAAAAGCAGCAUAAAUAUAUCUGCACCUCGAUUAAAAAUGUUAAUGGACGCAAACGUACGGAAAAAAUUACACGUCAGUGCUGUCACGGUUUCGGCCGGCCGCGCAAUGGACCACCGAACGCACACUGCCAAAAGCUGGAUUUAUACUCGAUGGAGGAAACGGUCGAGCGGCUUGGUGCGAAGGAAUUCAUCUCAACGCUGAAGAAGAGCGGUCUGGAAGCCACGUUGGAGAACGAUGUGACGCUAUUCGUUGUGCCGGACAGUGCCUACACUAGUUUUGCCGAGCAAAUGUGGGAAAACAACCUGGUUGCCUUUGAUCCGACAGCACGAGCCAAACGUGCGAUUGAUUUUGCCAGCAUGACUGCCCGGGACAUGAUUCUCGGACACACGGUGAAUGGAUCGUACUAUAUUGAAGAUAUUAGCAACGAGCAGCUGCUUAAGACGGAUCUGCCUGGAGCGAACAUUCGUAUCAACAUUUAUCCACGUGGACCGAUGACACCGGCCCGGGACCAAUCAUACGCCGAGCAUCCGUAUCGAUACACUGCUAAUUGUGCACCAUUGUUGAAACUGAACCGUGUAGCCGAUAGGGGGAUUGUACACGUUGUGGAUCGAGUGCUAGUACCGGCCCGCAACACUCUCAUGGACAUAAUCGAAGUUCGCGACGAUAUGACGCUAAUGCGCACAUUCCUGGAGAUGACCGGACUGGAUAAGAUUCUGCGCGAACAGGGUGACGACAAGCACUACACCAUUUUUGCCCCCAACGAUGAUGCCUUCCUCAAGCUGGAUAAAGACAUCCGCCGCAAGCUGAAGGCGGGCAAUGGCUGCGCCAUGAACAUACUAAAGAACCAUAUACUGGAUAUAACAUUCUGCUCACUCGCUGCCGUUAAUGGUGUUAAGACGUCCACAUACAAUAUGCUGAAUGAGAAGCUUGAAUUUGAGUACGCCAUGGUGGGUAAGACGCACACUCCACACACUGACGUUGCAACGGGCGAGAUCGAAGACGAAGGGAAAAAGACGCAACGUAUCCGCAUCAACGGUGUGGCAACGAUUGAGGAACGUGACGUGAUUGCCAGUAAUGGUGUGCUACAUGUGAUUGAUAGCGUUCUCCCGACGGAUAGCGGUAUGCCGAUUUCGAACACAUUGGCCAACCAUAAUUUAACCAUAUUCAAGCAACUGAUCACCGAUGCCGGUCUGGAGGAAGAGUUUGAUGCAAUGUCCAACCGAACGUUCUUCAUUCCAACUGAUCAAGCGUUCGAGCAGACGGACGCGGGUCGUUACUGGAUUCGUCAGCUAAAAGAGCAUCCGGAAAACCUUCGUGGAAAUACGGAGCUGAAGGAAUUCCUCGAGUACCAUGUGGCGGAACCGUUGAUUAAGACAUGUGCGUUGGAGGAAACAAGUGUACCAACGAAGGCUGGUCAAAAUAUUCGCGUUAACCUGUACACUACGAAUCCCGUAUUCACGACGGUUAUGAAUCGAGCUACGGUCAACUGUGCCCGGCUGGUACGUUUCGACGAGGAAACGUGUGGAUCGGUGGUGCACGAAAUCGACAAAGUAUUGGAUUUCCCUAAGACGAACUUGAUGCAAGCUCUUACCGCCAACCCAGAUUAUAGCAUGUUCCAGCGUUUGGUUAGUCUCACCAAUCUCACUGAGCUGCUAACGUCUCCUGAUUCCGGACUAACGCUGCUAGUGCCAAAGAACGACGUUUUUCUGGAGGUGGAUUCGUGGUACCAAGAAACACUUCAAAACCAAGACGAGCUGGAACGCAUCAUACGUGCGCACAUACUACCGAACGUUAUUUGUUGCACCGGAAUCGUUCCAUCCGAAUGGCCAUUCGUGCGUACCACCGAAACAAUAAGCGGACAGCAAUUGAAGCUUAAUCGUAACCGUCGACCACAGGUACAGAAUGCCGGAAUCACCAAGUGCGAUGUGGUGGCCACCAAUGGCAUCAUUCAUGAAAUUAACGAUGUGAUCAACGUGCAGCCACAGCGCACUAGUGCUUCCGCUGCUGGUUCCGGCAACCCAUUCGAAAGCUUCGGUAGCCUUGCUCGUCCGCUUCCGUUUUGGUUUAAGUGA